CGGACCUGCUCGCUGCUGGUGGUGAUGCUGUGAAAAUCGUCGUCCGGUCGCAGGUUGAACUGGCUGUCUGUAGCCGUUGCCUUUCAGUGUAGUCGUCCUCAAGUCGAUUGCGGUCGUCGUCCGUCGUCUUGUCGUGGGUCGUCGCGGCGUAAUCGGUCUCCUAGUGCUGCUCUUAACAAGAUCUGAGAAUAAAAAAAACGGAUCCCGUGUGCGAAGAUAUUCGAAAGGAAAGCAACUAGAAAAAUCUGCGGCUUCCUAUGGAACGAUACUCAAUGGAACAAGGUCCGCUGCGGCUAUUGAAUUUGCGGUUGUUUUUGUUCGCGGAAAAGUGACAAGUGGGUCGAAAUUCCUUCCGCGAGUUAAAUGCUGGUUAGUGGUUGAAUAUAGGCAAAAAUUAGAGCCAAAUCCGGGCGUGAAGAAACCUUGCCAAUUGCUAGUGUCGCAUUUUUUUGGAGUGUUCUUUUAAAAUAUUGGAACCCGUGUCGUGAGUGGAUUUUGGUUCUCCGGCUGUCAGAAAGCUGCUUCCGGUGACGGAAAACGUUCGAUAGGGGAUUUGCAGAAGCACGGUGCUUGCAUUGAAAAUAAGAUUUUAGUGGUUAGUUGCUGCUUUUUCUGGGAGAUCAAGUACUAUCAUCAGCUUUUUCCUUGCGUGGAAAGACAUUUUUUUGGAAUUCGAGGAAGGCGAAAAGAGAGUGACUUGACCAUCACCUUUUGAACGACUUUUGAAAUGGCUAGCAACACUUUUCAAGAAGAAGAAUAAAAGUUUAUCAAGUGCGUAUGUGAAGUGGGGGACAAGAGAGCAAAUUGUGCAAUUCAAGUUUUAACCAAAAUGUGUUUGUAUUAGUGCAAAAAGCGAGCAUAAAAAUUUAAGUAGAAAUAUAAUACAGUGAAUUCCGCCAAUAAAGAUUAUAAAAAAUAAAUACCACAUGACGCAAGUCUGAAGAAAAGAUAAGAAAAGUAAUAUCAGUGUGAUAUUUUGAGUGUACAUAUUCGGUGGUGUGCGUGAUUAACGUCAUACAAGUGUCAAACAUGUAUUGUUCGGCGGAUAAAAAUCAAUCAUCUGGUAUCGUCGGCGGCAGCGGCGGUGGCGGCAGUGGCAGUGGGAAUGCAUGUGGUGCUGGCAGUAUCAGCGGCGGCAGCAGUGGCGGAGGAGGCGGCAGUGUUGGCAGUGGAAAUGGCAACACAACCACACCGCUGCAGAACAACACAAAAAGUGUCAAAGAAGGAGUAACAAUGCGUGAGAAAAAAGGAGGCGCCCUACAAAAGCUGAAAAAGCGGUUAUCGCACAGCUUUGGUCGAUUAUCGAUAUCACGGGAAGAGAACGACGAUAGCACACAGCACAACAACCACCACCACCCGCACCACCUACACCACCACCACGGUCAUGGCCACAAUCGUGGCAGCAAAGUGCCCUUCAAUGGUUACACAUCCGAGGAGUAUCUGGAUCGAUUGGAACCCAAUGGAAACAUUCCGGUCGACAAAACCUACAACAAACAUUGGAACCGAGUGGGCGAUCACGAACGAGUGCACCGCCAACUGUCCGUGUCGUCCGAUAGUAAACUUCUCGACGAAGACAUUCGGGAAGAAACACGUGUGAUAAUGCGACCGAAGAAGCCACCCCGGCCCAAGUCCGAAGUGUUCCUAAACAAACAUGACCUGCAUCCUCGGCGGAAACGGUUUAGUGCAUUUGGGGGUGACUCCCCUUUCGGCAAAUCAGAAGCUUACAUCAAACUAGAACAACUCGGAGAAGGGUCCUAUGCAACGGUAUUUAAGGGUUAUAGCAAUCUAACGAAUCAAGUGGUGGCGCUGAAGGAAAUCAGGUUACAGGAAGAGGAAGGUGCACCGUUCACGGCAAUCCGGGAGGCGUCGCUGCUGAAAGAACUGAAACAUUCGAACAUUGUGACACUGCACGAUAUUGUACACACGCGGGAAACGCUGACAUUUGUGUUUGAGUUUGUGAAUACCGACCUCUCACAGUACAUGGAGCGGCAUCCGGGAGGGUUGGACCAUCGGAACGUGCGGUUGUUCCUGUUUCAGCUGUUGCGAGGACUUUCCUAUUGCCAUAAGCGCCGAGUACUGCACCGGGACGUGAAACCUCAAAACCUGCUUAUCAGUGAGAUGGGCGAACUGAAGCUGGCCGAUUUCGGGCUAGCCCGUGCCAAGAGUGUUCCAAGUCAUACAUACUCGCACGAGGUUGUUACACUGUGGUAUCGACCUCCAGACGUACUACUAGGGAGCACCGAGUAUUCAACUUCACUUGACAUGUGGGGCGUCGGGUGCAUAUUUGUAGAAAUGAUCACUGGUAUGCCAACGUUCCCCGGUAUCCGGGACACGUACGAUCAGCUUGACAAGAUUUUCAAAAUCCUCGGAACCCCCACGGAGGAAACGUGGCCGGGUGUAACGCAUUUACCAGGCUAUAAGCUGCAUAUGUUAGGUUUCUUCAAGUCCCGCAAACUAGGUUUAAGUUUUCCUCGCCUGUACGAUAUUAUCGAGGGUGAAAUGAUGGCUAGUGCUUUUCUACAGUUGAAUCCGGACAAUCGGAUAAGCGCCGAAGAGGCGCUCCGACAUCCGUACUUUGCUCCGUUGCCAAAAAAGUUAUACGAACUGCCGGAUGAAACGUCCAUCUUUACGGUGGAAGGUGUGUACCUGCAUCCGGAGCCGAACCGCCACCAUCAACACCAUAAAUGAGAGUUAAGACAAAGUAAAACCCUAGAUGCAAUACGUUAUUAUUGUUAGUAGUGAAUGCACGUGCACAAUGUGCCACCCCCGUUCUGCGUUCUGUGAUCAACAUAAAAACAAAAAUGUGUGUGUGUAUGUAAGAGAGUACUAGAGAGAAAGAGAGAGAAAGACAAAUCGCCGCGAGGGCGCGACUUUUCGCGCAUCGCAUUCAAUGUCCUUUGUAGUAAAUGCGUUACGCAAUUAUUACAGAGUGGUUGAAUUGAGUGCUGAGCAUAGUCAAUGAAGAUGUUUUCAAGGAACUCCAGUGUGAAUUCGACACUGCAAACAAAACAGUAAGCAACAGCUCGUGGAUUUAAACAUAAAUCAACGGAAACUAGGCAAAAUGAGGACCAGCAUACGACGCAUCGAGUUGAGUGAUUUUACUAGAAGCUACACCAUUAGUGAAGGGACAUCUACAUGUGCUGCUGUCCAGUCCAGGCAGAAUAUGCUAAUAUCAAGUUAACUAGCUAAUCAGUAAUUAACCACCUAACUAAAGAACGUUCAGCAACCGAGUAGUGGAGUAGCUGUACUCGAGUGUAGGAGUAAUCCUUCAGAAGUAAAACAAAUAGAACUUGUUGUCCACUCACACACGCAUUUCGAUUGCGAUUUUAACUGGAAAUCCAUCGUCACCAAACACGAAAGCAAACAUGAAAAUCAUCAUCAGUAGCAGCGCAAUCCUAGGUUGAUUUUUCAUUAAUUUCGAUUUUUAACGCAACCGUGUAACAUUAACCUAAUUAACGUCAAGCAAUCGUAUUAUUAUUAGGUUGGAUUACUUUUCUGUAUCAUUUCAGUAUCCAACUUUCCCAAAUGUUUUAGUUAUAAUAUUUUUUUUAAUUUCAUCUUUCAGUUAUGUUCGUUAGGGGAAAAUGUAUUAAAUCAUUUAGAAAUUUCAUUUGUGAGUUAUGAACACUCAUGCAUGCAUACGCAAUCAGGCGCGCAGGUGCAGUUCCUGUCGUUGAGAUCUCACCCGAAACUGGUGGAGAUAUUUUGUAGGAAUAUAGAAGGAGAGAGAUUUAGGAAAAGUGAUUUCAACAACAAAGAUAUGAAAAGAAAAAAAAACUUUCAAUGAUGAAGUUUCAA